AUGCCGCCUCCCCAUCGAAUGGAUCACAUCGGUUCCUUACUCCGACCCAAGCAUCUUCUCAACGCCCGCUCCUCUCUUUCUUCGCCAACAAACCUCUACACCCUCACCGCGGACCCCUCCCUCAAAGCCGCCGAAGCCUCUGCCAUCACCUCGAUCGUCCAGGAACAGCUCUCCCGCGGCAUCCUGCCCAUCACCUCGGGCGAGUUCUGCCGUCACAUUUACUAUGGCGGCUUCUUUGAGACCCUCACAGGCAUGACUCCAUCCCCCUCCCUCCCCAUUCCGGACGCUUUCCGGUCCGACUUCCCUACCACCGUCGGCUUGGCGGCUAUGGGUCAGACGACCCGCGCAGCGGUGAUCUGCACCGCUCCGAUUGAAUGGAGGCAAUCCGCCUAUCUUGAAGAAUGGCGACUCCUCACCGCUUCCUUACCAAAAGACCAGUGGAAGAACGCCAAGAUCACCAUUCCCGCUCCAAGUUAUCAACACAUCCAGCUCCGUCCCGGAACAGCUUAUACCGCUUCGUCCGGCUACACCUCCGAUGUGGAAUACUUCACCGCACUCGCGGCAGCGUACACCUCCGAGAUCCAAGCAUUGUACGACGCCGGCUGCCGCCACAUCCAAGUCGACGACCCACACCUGACAUACUUCUGCUCGUCCCUCUUCCUCGGCGGCUGCGAAAAAGACGGCGUCGACUCGGACGCUCUGCUCGACCUCUACCUCUCCGCGCACAAUAUGUUCCUCGCCAAUCGUCCAGGGAAGGAUCUCCACAUGGGCAUGCACCUCUGUCGAGGCAACAUGUCCGGCUCAACGCACUGGGUGAGUGGGUCGUAUGAUCCCAUCGCGGAGAAAUUGUUCAACAAAACGGGGUAUGAUACGUAUUACCUCGAGUUUGACGAUGUGGAGAGGACGGGAGGGUUUGAGCCGUUGAAGUUCUUGCCGCAGGGGAAGAAUGUCGUGAUGGGGUUGGUGUCGACGAAGAAAGUGGAGAUGGAGGAAAAGUCGGAACUGAUGCAGAAGAUUCGGGAGGCGGCGACUGUGGUGGCUCAAGGACAGGGAGUGGGGGACGAGAAGGCGUUGAAAGCGUUGGCGAUUAGUCCGCAGUGUGGGUUUUCGAGCUCGAGUUUGGCGGGUGGGAAGAAUAUGACGGAGGAGGUGAUGUGGAAGAAAUUGGAACUGGUCAGGGAUGUGGCGAGGGAGGUGUGGGGUGAUUCUUAG